UGUCCUUUUAGAGUUUUUAUCUAAAGCAAACUUUGAAACCUUGAUAUAGGUUUUUAAAAAUCACUAUUUUAUACUGUUUCAGUUUGUUCGUUGUUACAUUAGUAUCCAGGGAAGCUAGCAUGGCAUUAAAACAUCAAUCGACCAACUCUGAUGUGAAGCGAUGAAAUUAAGUUUUUAUGUGACAGUUUAGAGGCAGGUUUAUCUGAGAUUAUGCCACAAUGAUAUGUAUUUGUAAAAAUGUCACAUAUGUGUGGUGGCGCUAAGUACAGUGAAGAAAAGAUGUAUAGACUAUUAAUCAGAAUAUACAUUUUUGUGCAAUAUGUAUCAGUCACAUAUUGUGGAAAUGCCAUCUAAAGCUGACACUAGAAAUACUUGUUAUGCCAUUUGGUGCUAUUGUUUAUCCUUUGUGGUUCUUAUUAUAAAGUGCAAUAAUUAAUUUUGUGAAUUAAUUCACAUGCACUGUUUUCAUUCCAAGCUAAUAUGUUUUUGUAAAAAAAAAAAAAAAAAAGUAUAAAAACGACUGCUUGGAGGAUGAGAUUAUAAAAGUAGUUGGUAUUUAAGGCAUUUAAUUGUGUUUAAGGCCCCAUUGACGUUUCUGGUGAAAAUAUUUGGCCUUUUCCAGAUACAGACAGAGAUUUGCAUGUCAUUAACUGGAAGGCUUCAACUGCGCGCUCCGUGUACUUGUCCUCCCAAACGGAUCAUGUCAUCGCUCCGUGGAGGUGGUCCGAUUUAGGGGGGUUUUGAUGCAGUGAUAGCCAAAGCAAAAUUUAGGGGGAUUUUGAUGCAAUGAUACCCAAAGCAAAGACACGGGGGCGUUGUCGUUCUCUCCAGUCUCACAAACAAACGCUUUUGUUGGCACACAGCAGGUACCUGAGUGAAAAGCAUGGUGUAAUCGUUCGAUUGCGAGGCAACGUCUACCUACGAAAAUCGCCGCGAGGCGCGCGCAGCUCCACAGGGAUCAUAGCGCAAGCUCGGUUGCGUCUGACGUAGAGGGGUUUCUUGGAAGAAAACAUAGCUGGACCACUCACAUGAUACUGACACACUAUAUAGGAUCGGAUAUAGAACCAAUAGAAUGACUUCAUUGGUAUUUUCUACCCGUUUUCGACCGAUGGGACUCGAUGAGCAUGGAAUAGUAGUAACAGCGCGCUGGUGAGGAUGCGGAUCGCGGGAUUAAGCUGACACAAAAGAGCGUGUACACCGUGUUUAUUUGCGGAUUAAUCGAGAGCAUCGUCUUUGCACAACAAGGAGACGCUUCCUUAUUAGUGGGGAGCCAGACGCGCGGCGGGGAACGUUGACCGCGUCGCUCGGAUGGUGGUUCCGUGGACCGCGCGACUAUGUCACUGCAGUGCUGGGUGAUUGUUCUGCUUGGGCUAAUGUCGUACUUCAACCCGGAGAGAGCACUGGGAGCCCCGCAGAAGGAAGUCUCUCUGUCCCGGGACAGCUCUCUCUCUCCUCCCCCUUAUGUGAUUAUUCUCAUCUCCUGCUCUGGGCUGGUCUCAUUUGUUCUGUUGCUUCUCACCUGCCUUUGCUGUAAGAGAGGAGGUGUGGGAUUCAAUGAGUUUGAUAAUGCUGAAGGGGAAGAAUGCUCUGGGGCAUCCAGCCCUGUUCCUGAGGACAGUUUGUCCUCCUGUCCAUCACUGCCGGAGGUCUACACUCUUCCACUGCGGGAUAAGAGCUGCUCAAUUCUACCGAAUGGCACAGACACCUCCCAAUGUUUCCGAAGGCACUCUCUCAACUACCUGCAAGAGAUUGGAAAUGGCUGGUUUGGGAAGGUGAUAUUGGCUGAAGUGCUUUGUGACUACAGCUCCUAUCAGGCUGUGGUGAAGGAGCUGAGAGUCAGUGCUAGUCCUCUGGAGCAGAGGAAGUUCCUGGCAGAGUCCGAGCCAUACAGAAGCCUGCAGCAUCCAAAUAUACUGCAGUGUUUGGGCCAAUGUAGUGAGAGCGUUCCUUUCCUCCUGGUCAUGGAGUUUUGUCAACUGGGUGACCUGAAGAGGUAUUUAAGAGCUCAGAGGAAGUCUGAUGGGAUGACCCCUGACCUGUUAAACAGAGACCUCUUGACUUUACAACGAAUGGCAUAUGAGAUCACCUCAGGACUCUUGCAUCUCCAUGAGAACAAUUACAUUCACAGUGAUUUGGCACUGAGGAACUGUCUCCUCACUUCAGAUCUCACUGUUCGGAUUGGAGACUAUGGCCUCUCGCAUAAUCAAUAUAAGGAGGAUUACUAUCUAACACCAGACAAACUGUGGAUACCUCUCCGCUGGAUUGCCCCUGAACUUCUGGAGGAGUUUCGUGGGAAUCUGAUUGUCACUGAUCAAACCAAAACCAGCAAUGUGUGGUCACUGGGUGUUGUGAUAUGGGAGCUGUUUGAAUUUGGGGCUCAGCCGCACAGACACCUGAGCGACGAUGAGGUUCUCACCUUUGUUAUCAGGGAACGACAGAUCACUCUGGCUCAACCUCGCCUCAAACUCGGUCAUGCAGACUAUUGGUACGAGGUCAUGCAGUCUUGCUGGCUACCCCCAUCCCAGCGGCCAACGGUCAACAAAGUCUUCCUCCUUCUCUCCUCUCUCCUUGCCGCAGAGCAAGGAAGUCGUAAGAGUGCUAGAAGGGAUGAUGAUGAGGAGGAUUAUGAGGAAGACAGUGGAGAAGGAAGGAGAGGAGAGAGUGAUGAGUCGUUUGAAAGACGUUGGGAUGCCCUCCGGCCCCCAGCUUUUCAGUCAGCCGCACACAAACUUCUGAGGGAGAGAGAGUAUGGGAGGGAGGAUGGCUGCCUCAGAGAAAACGGAAACUCUUUUCCACUUUUGGACCCUGUGGACAAUAUGAUCUCUCCAACAUCUGAGCUAGAUGACAUUCUUACUGUAACAGAGACCAGCAAAGGGUUAAACUUUGAAUACUUCUGGGAAAGGGCCCAUGCAGGAGAGGUUACAAACCACUUCCUCCUCCUCAACCAAUACCGACACCCAAUUCUGGCCACAGACAAACCUUGGACACACCGACCGUCGUCCCUGUGAUCAGUGCCCGCAGCCCUUC